GUGUUCCACAAGGGAUGGCAAAACCCGUGGGAUUAGGAGUCGACCCUAAAAUUAAAUCCAAAAUAUUAGCUGGGGAAUUCAUAAAAUUUUCGACCCUAUUACCCAAACCCCAACAUGCGAAUGACCAAGAUUCUAAAUUUCAUACCGUUGAAAAAGAAGGACAGUUGAUGUUUGUCAAGGCCAAUGACACAACCAAAAUAAGGUCAAUAAGUAAAUGGCUUGAAGCCUUCCAUGUUUUUGUGUCUAUUUACUGCUCCAAACACACAUCUGAAGUUGGAAACUUAAUGACAUAUGCACAAAUUGUGCAAGGCAUAGCUAAAUCAUGUGGAGAUGAUGCUGCACUGGAGUAUGAUGAAAAAUUUCUCCAGUGGCAUGAAGCCUCCUCAAAGUCCUGUCCGUGGAAUCAAAAAAACCCUGAACUAUUUCAAGACGCUAUGGUCCUAGGGCUUGAAAACAAAUCAAAAAUCAAAAAGCAGCCCUUUCGUGCAACCCAGACUCGAUACCGGCACUGUUUCACCUAUAAUAACAAAGGAUCCUGUCCCAAGGGGAACAAUUGCCCAUACUUGCACAUUUGCCAAAACUGUACAGGAAAACAUCCCAGAACCACCUGUAUCAAAAUUAAAACAGGACAGCACAACUCUAAACAAUUUACCAAUGACACUCUCCGCAAAUCACAACCUCCACCCAAAAAAGACUGAUGAAAUUACCACCCCGAUCAUAGUACCCAAACUGGCCAAAUACCUUCAGGGAUAUGACAUUUCGCUUAGUCAAUUUCUUAUUCAAGGAUUUACAUUUGGCUUUUAAAUUCCUUUUCAAGGCACUCGCCAAUUCCGCCUUUCUAAAAAUCUCUCAUCCCUGAAAGAUAAAUAGGAAGUUCUUUACAAAAAAAUUGAACUCGAAAUUCAGGCAAAUCGUGUUGCGGGACCUUUUGAUAUCCCUCCAUUUAAAAAUAUGCAAAUUUCACCCCUUGGACUCGUACCAAAAAAGCAACCAAAUGAAUUCCGCCUCAUACACCACCUUUCCUAUCCCCAAGGAUUAUCAAUAAAUGACAACAUCCCUCAUGAACUUUGCACUGUGCAUUACCAAUCCAUUCAGGAUGCAAUUAAAGCUAUCAAAGAAAUUGGGGUUGGCGCUUUGCUGUCAAAAACGGAUUUGGAAAAUGCAUAUAAACAAGUUCCAAUUCAUAGGGAUGAUUUUGAACUUUCGGGGUUCUUUAUAGAUGGGAAAUUUUUCUAUGACAAGACCCUCCCAUUCGGUUUAAGUUACACCUGCAACCUAUUCGAUAAAUUCAGCACAUCCCUCCAGUGGAUUCUUCAAAACAAGUUCUCAGUUAAACAUUGUGUGCAUAUUCUAGACGAUUUUCUGUUCAUUGGCAAACCAAAUACUUCAGAAUGUCAUGAAGCAUUAGCCUCUUUUCAUAUUCUAGCUCAAGACAUCAAUUUACCAAUAAAAUCAGAAAAAACUGUCUGACCUACUACAAAAAUUACGUUCAUGGGCUUAGAAUUAGAUUCCCUGAGUUUUGAAGUCCGUCUCCCUGAAGAUAAAUUGAUUCAUUUGAGACAAACAUUAGCAAAAUUUAAGAAUAAGCGCACAGCUACCCUUCGUGAAUUAUAAUCUCUCAUUGGACUUUUAAAUUUUGCCUGUAGCAUUGUACCUCCGGGUCGCCCCUUUUAAGAAGAAUACUUGAUUUAACAAGGGGUAUUCAAAAACCUCACCACCAGCGUAACCUCGAUAAAAAUGCUCGGGCUGAGUUAGAAGCAUGGUCAAUCUUUGUGGAGCAUUUUAAUGGCCGGGCCUUUUUUCCCUCGGGAAUUACCUGUACCUCAGAAACGUUACACUUUUUUACGGAUGCCAGUAACUUAGGAUAUGGCUGUGUUUUUGGUGCUAAAUGGUUUUUUGGCCCAUUUGACACUUCAUGGCAGGAACUUCACAUAUCAGUCCGGGAAUUUUUCCCUAUUAUUCUUGCCAUUGAAACCUGGGGAUCAUCUUUGUCCAAUACGACAAUUGUACUCCAUUCAGACAAUAUCGCUGUUGUCCAUGUUAUUAACAAGCUAACCUCCAAAGACUCGAAUCUCAUGAAACUCAUGAGACGCCUUAUGGUUACAGCUCUAACCUAUAACAUACAUUUUCAUGCAGAACACAUCCCUGGACUGUUUAAUACUGCUGCUGAUCUUUUAUCUCGAUUACAGAUUC